AUGGAAAAGUCUGCAGGUCGCCUGUCCCUUGAUUUACAUUCGUGUUUGCGGACAGCACGGCCUAUGCAACCGAGGUCGACGACCCGAAAUGAAGCAUCCGACACGCCAACGGGUCGUGCAGAGCGUGGCUGGUUUCCACCGCUUCACACUCCAAGGUGUUUCAUCUUAAUGCAAACCUCCCCAGGGACCAGCACGAGUCCCAGCAAAGGCCGCCGGGAGCCCGGGGUCAGGAGCUCCCUUCUCCUAAUACCGCCACUCACCCUUCAGCCCCGGACCUCGCGCGGCGAAGCGAAGACCCAGCCAGGCUCGUCCCGCGCUGCGCCGUCGGCAGAACUAGUUUGCGGGACCCGGGAACAGACGGUCCCCGAGCCACCGCCCAGCCCCGCGCGGGUCCGAGUCCCGCCGCGGUGCCGCCGCCGCGUGCGGGCGUGGGGGAGGGGCUGCCGCCUCGGCCCGACGGUCCUGGAGAACAAAGCGCGGCGGCGGCUGCGGCCGCGAGAACUUUUUUCGGUGUCUGCUCCGCGCUCCCUGAGGCGACUACUUACAGAGCCGUCCACUAGACAGGCAAUGGCUGCAAAGGAGCAAGAGGUUACAACUUGGACGCGGGACUUUGAAGGCGUCCAGGGAAGAAGGCUAUUGCCGCCGCGGGUACCAUCUCCCGCCUCCGGCCAUCCCCUCCCUCCGGCGUUCCAGGUGGCCGCCUGGCAUUCGGAUCCCUGCUGGCGCGGCCAGAGCCCUUCACCUCCGGCACAGUGGACUGGAGUGACUUCUUGCACCCUAUUUUGUUGUUUCCUGCUUGUUUUACAGUCGAGUGGGACCCUUAGUACCAAAAAUAUUUUAGUCCAGCGGGGGACAUCCUCUCUCAGCAAGAUUCCCAGGACCUCAUUGGAGCAGUGUGCAGCCUGUCUCCUCUCCCUCUUGACUUGCAUUUUCUGUCCUGGUCCUUAAAGAAACAGUUACUUUUCAUAGGAGUAACUUUCCUAAAAGAACUAAACUGCUACUCUGCAGAGACUUAAGUGUUUUUGUAUGUGAAAACACAUAUUUUACAUAUAUAUUUAAUUGCGCUGCAUUCUCAGUGUUCUGCUUUUCAAUUGUUUUCUUGAAAACAACUCAUUUGAGGCUAAGACUCUGUACCUUAAUUUCUUUUUUACUUGUGUGACAUGAACCACAAUUUGUUCUAGAGUUUCAAUCCUUUUCAUUAUAGAGAUGAAGAUAGGUUUUCAUAAGUGAUACACUUGAUCCCUAUGAGAAAUGGAACUUGAAUAUCCAAGAUGGAAAGGAUAUUUUGUCUCAAUGAUAUUUUAUGAAAACAGGAGCCAAUAAUCUUCCUCUUCUUUGGCUGUCUUGCAAAUCUUCCUGUCCCGCAUUUGAUGUCCCUUCUUGUCCACAAUGACAUAAUCUUUCACAUGUUACCUAAUACAAGCAAAGAGAGUCAGCAUGGUUGUGACUUGAGAUAACAGAGUUUCCUGAUUCCAAAUCUUAAAUGUGGGGAAACAUGAUUUACUGGUACCUGCUGGAGGAAGUUGUCAUUAUUUUAAACUUCAGCUUGGUUUAAUUUGUAGAAUGUGGUUACUGGAAACUUAUUUUGUUUGUGUCAUUUUUCCAUGACUUUAGAAUAUAGCUGAAAAAUGUCUACAGCAUUCAAGCAUCAACAUAGUCAAAUGAGUUUGGGGAAAGAUGAUUUAGGCUCUAUUUUGCUAUCAGCAGAGACACUCUAGAUGCAGUCUUUGACACUGCCUUCGUUUCCAUCACAGUUAUCUUAGUGACACUCUUAGUCUGGAUUACUGCAACAGACUUUUCUCUUUAGCUGUCCUCCUAGACUAGCUUGAACUGUUACAUCCUUAGCAACACCUUAGUGUUGGUUACAUC